CGCGCGCGCCGUGGGGGAGAGGCCGGGCGCGGGCGGCGCGGGGUCCGAGCGGCCCCUGGGCCUCGGCUCUGACGCUCCCGGGGGCCAGGGCCCGCACCAAGGGGGUUUGUGAGGGGGCGCCUUUCCCUUGGUCCCGUAGCCGGGGGCCUGCGUCCUGUCGCGGCGGACCCCGCUCCCGCGUCCGCCUUCCCCCAGUCUCGGGACCUCCCUUCCGUCUGGGUGUGUGCCGGCCCCCAGCAGGCUUCCUCCGGCCCGGCCCCGGCCGACCCCACCGCGCGUCCCGUCCGGCCGCCUCGGGCCCUUCCUCCCAGCUUCCCUCCGCCAUCCUGACGGGCCCCUUCCCAAGCCCCUAGGGACAACCGUGGACCUGGGGACCAGCGUGCACCUCCAGGGCCUAAGAAGAACCCCCGCUGCCUGUGCUGCCUCGCCCUGCCCCACGCCAGGCCCAGCGGCCUCCGGCUGCGUCAAGUGGAGGAGGCGGAGGAGGUGGAGGAGGGUGGCACCAUGGGCCCGGGCCGUGCCCUCCAUGCCCGGGGGAUGAAGACGCUGCUGCCAUGGACAGCCCGUGCCAGCCGCAGCCCCUGAGUCAGGCUCUCCCUCAGUUGCCAGGGCCUGUGUCAGAGCCAUCGGAGCCUGGCCGCGCCAGGAUGGGAGUGGAGAGUUACCUGUCCUGCCCCCUGCUACCCUCCUACCAUUGCCCAGGAGCGCCUGGGGAGGCCUCGGUGGGGAGUGGGACCCCCAGAGCCACCGCCACCUCCACCACUGCCAGCCCGCUACGGGAGGGCUUGGGCGCGCAGGAUGGUGGCGAGCUGUGGCCGCUGCGGAGUGAGGGUGCCGCCGCGCUGGUCACCAAGGGGUGCCAGCGGCUGGCAGCCCAGGGUGCCCGACCUGAGGCCCCCAAACGGAAAUGGGCAGAGGAUGGGGGGGAUGCCCCCUCGCCCGGCAAGCGGCCGUGGGCCCGGCAAGAGAACCAGGAGGCAGAGGGGGAGGGUGGCGUGGGCUGCAGCGGCGGCGGCGGGGAGCCAAGCGCCCGGCGGAGGGAGGAGGCUCUGCCCUCUGCGCCCGAGCGCCUGGCCCUGGACUACAUUGUGCCCUGCAUGCGGUACUACGGCAUCUGCGUGAAAGACAGCUUCCUGGGGGCGGCGCUGGGGGGCCUCGUGCUGGCCGAGGUGGAGGCCCUGAAGCGCGGCGGGCGCCUGCGGGAUGGGCAGCUGGUGAGCCAGCGAGCUAUCCCGCCGCGCAGCAUCCGCGGGGACCAGAUCGCCUGGGUGGAAGGCCACGAGCCGGGCUGCCGAAGCAUCGGGGCCCUCAUGGCGCACGUGGACGCCGUCAUCCGCCACUGCGCCGGGCGGCUGGGCAGCUACGUCAUCAAUGGGCGCACCAAGGCCAUGGUGGCGUGUUACCCAGGCAAUGGGCUGGGGUACGUGAGGCACGUUGACAAUCCCCACGGCGAUGGGCGCUGCAUCACCUGUAUCUAUUACCUGAAUCAGAAUUGGGACGUUAAGGUGCAUGGCGGUCUGCUGCAGAUUUUCCCUGAGGGUCGCCCUGUGGUAGCCAACAUCGAGCCGCUCUUUGACCGCUUGCUCAUUUUCUGGUCUGACCGGCGAAACCCCCACGAGGUGAAGCCAGCCUAUGCCACCAGGUACGCCAUCACUGUCUGGUAUUUCGAUGCCAAGGAACGGGCAGCAGCCAAAGACAAGUAUCAGCUAGCGGCAGGACAGAAAGGCGUCCAGGUUCCUGUGUCACAGCCGCCCACACCCACCUAGGACCAGCCCCGAAGCUGCAUGGACAGCUUGCCCUGACUUCUGGAGAGCCCUGGGUCCUGCUGCAGCCCACCAGCCUCGGUGCCUGCUCCUUCCCCGCCACUGCUGCUUCUGACUUGGCUCUGUCCGAUGUCGUGGACCAAGGAGGAGAGGCCUCUGCUGCCCCAUCAUGGGGGCUGGGGUUGCGACCUGGGCAGAGGCCAGCAUUGGGAGCUGCCGCUGUUGAAAGCUGGGGCCUGGUUGUGUCCCCAUUAGGUGUGAGAGCUAGGAUGAGACAUUGCCACCUUGCACCAGGACGCGGGAUUUGGGGUUGGAGUGAGUCAUGGCCUCUUGCUGGCAGAGCUUUGGGGGGGGGUAUCCCCUAGUCCCCUCCCCCCACUCCUCCAGCCUGGAAUGUGAAGUGACUCCCCAAUACCUUUGGCCAUGGCACCUCGGACUGGGCUGCUGGGGCAGGGGAAGGUGCCUGGGGGUGCAUGGGUGUGGAAGUCCUGUCAGCCAAGAAAUAAAGUUUACCUCAGAGCUGCA